AUGGUGUUUGGUGGGCCAAGCGCCAGGCAAGCCCAGCCUCAUCAGAAGCUCACGAGUCAGUUUGCCUCGCAGUUCCAGUACCAGCAAGGAAUCAUCUCCGAGUUGGUUCGGGGCAACAACGCGCUGAAUUCUGACUUGCACGAGAAAGACCAGCAGGUGGCAGGCCAGCAGCAACGCUCCGACCGUUACGAGAAGGACCAGCAGGUGGCAGGCCAGCAGCAAAGCAUCGCGGCUUUGAACUCCGACCGUUACGAGAAGGACCUGCAGGUGGCACGCCAGCAGCAAAGCAUCGCGGCUUGGUGGGGGCUUGUUGUGCUCAGUUGCUCGGCGACUCUAUGGAUGGCACUGUGCCCGGCACACAACAACAAUUUCAUGUGUGUUCCAGGGUCACUGGGCAACCAGGGCGCAAAUAAUCAUGUGUUUCGCACCCCCGCCCUCUCCAAAUGGAAUGUUGGGAGCGGGGAACCGCAGGGAUUCGCGGCGUUAUUUCCACUUUGUGGCGAUCAUGUGGGAUCCACUUUUUGA